AUGGCCCUCCUCCCCCUCUUUGACUCAUCUUACUCGCCUUACGCCUCUCCCUUCAAGAGAAGCCAGCUUUCAGCUCGAGAAUACUAUAACGCACGGUACGAGAAGGUUGAUAAAUGCCACCGAUCAACGACUCUUUACGCCGACGUCACCAACUCACACAUCGAUCGUCUCGAAGGUUUAUGGAGAGAGUAUUACGACACCGUCGACAUCGAUCCCUAUUACACACUCAAAAGGUCAAUGGAGGGUCGAAUCAAGAACUUCUUUCAUUGGAUGUGUAACAACUACUCCGUCAAGAAAAUCAGUUCGGUCGAGACCUACUGGCAUCAACUGAGCCAGCUCUACAUCAAAUGGAAGGGUCGACGGAUCAGUCCCUUGACCUUGAAGCAAAUCUACAAUUUCAUCAACGGUCCAUUGGCGGAAGAACACAGGCUGGACGACAGCGAAACCGACAAGCCUCUCUUGGAUGCGGUCGAUUUCGUGGAGCUGCUGCGUUGCCAUUGGGUGACGGACACCAACACCUUCCCUCACGAACGGCAACGGGUUCAGCUGGCAACGAUCCUGCUGGUCGCGGCGUUCACUGGAUCCCGACCCGGAGCCCUUCUCGGAAUCACCUAUCGUGACCUGGAUUUGUUCGUUCAGCGCGACAAGACCACGGGAGAAGUGGCGCUCACCUUGCAGCUGAAGCUCACCCGAACCAAGUCUCGCAAGAAGCGCAAGAGACCGGGCUGUGCCAUCGCGGCCGACAUGGCGCUCUCCUACGACAAGUAUCACGAGUGGAUCAAACGGUUAGGAGAAGAGACUGGCUUCGUACAGGUCUUCACGACCUAUUGUCUCCGGCGAGCGACGGGAAAUGCCAUCAAUGAUGAUCCCAAUUCCAAUGAGGCCGUCCGCAAUCUGGUCAUGGAUUAUAUCAAUUCAGCCAUCUUCCAGCGCAACUACCUGUCCCGCAUGAUCCGAUACGACACCUAG